AUGAUAUCUCUCGCCAUCUUCGACUUCGAUGGCACUCUCUUCGACACACAUGAAUCUAUCUCUCAGACAAUCAAACUGACUUUCGAUGCCCUCCUCCCAACCCAAGCCCCUCCCGAAUCUGAAAUCCACCGCCUAAUCUCCAGCGGUGCCGGUCUAGCAGACACAUUCCAGGCUCUACACCCCUCACCAUCCGAGUUCACACCUUCUGUCGAGAACGAAUGGAUUGAAAAAUACCGUGCGCUCUAUGCCACACAUGGCCAACUCCUUGUCAAAGCCUUCCCAGGCGCCAAAGAACUCCUGGCCGAGCUGAAUACCCACAAGGUCCCUAUCGCCAUUGUCAGUAACAAAGGUGUGGCGGCUGUGAAGACUGCUCUCGAGCGCAAUUGCUUGGAAGGCUAUGUGCCUGAAGAUUUAAUAAUUGGGGAUAAGACACCCGGGGCGAAGCGCAAGCCGGAUCCUGCAAGCUUUGUGGAUGUUCUGGUCCCAGUUCUACGGGAACGAUACGGUUUGGGAAAUGUUGACCCGGCGAGUGUCCUGGUAGUGGGUGACACUGUGGCGGAUGUUCAAUUUGCAAAGAAUAUUGGAAGCAAGGUCUGCUGGUGUCGGUAUGGAUAUGGAGAUCCAGAGGCUUGUCAAAAAGCGGGGCCAGAUUUUGCGGUCGAUUCUUUGGGGGGAGUUGUGGGGAUUGUAAAACAAUAA